CGGAAGCGGUGACCUUUCCCCCCGUUGAGCCCGUCUUCCUUCCUUUUCUGUUUCGAACCUUACAGACAAGUACAGCGCAAUGGCUCCACGCAAGGGCAAGGAAAAGAAGGAAGAACAGGUUAUCAGCCUGGGACCUCAGGUUGCUGAAGGGGAGAAUGUUUUUGGAGUCUGCCAUAUAUUCGCUUCCUUCAAUGACACCUUUGUCCACGUUACUGACUUGUCUGGGAAGGAAACUAUCUGCCGUGUGACUGGUGGUAUGAAGGUCAAGGCUGAUAGAGAUGAAUCCUCUCCUUAUGCUGCCAUGUUGGCAGCUCAGGAUGUUGCCCAAAGGUGCAAAGAGCUGGGUAUAACUGCCCUGCAUAUUAAGCUCCGGGCUACUGGUGGAAACAGGACCAAGACCCCUGGACCUGGUGCACAGUCUGCCCUCAGGGCAUUGGCUCGUUCUGGCAUGAAGAUCGGCCGUAUUGAGGAUGUCACCCCAAUUCCAUCAGACAGUACCCGCAGAAAGGGUGGGCGUCGUGGACGUCGUCUGUAAUGUCUAUUUUUUUUGCAUCUGUUAAUAAAGUUACAGUUCCAUCAA